CUUUACCUCCAGACACCUCUCUGUCUUAUCGAUAAAAGCGCCAAGACCACCCACAGCAGAAUUGGGCGCCCGCGAAAUUCCACUGUGACAACGCCGGAGACCACAAUCGACCCUCAUUCGCCCCCCCAUCCGCGCGGCCCGCCGUCCGAAUACCUAAGAUGAGUCUGCGAGAGCGAGUCCCGCCGCAAUACCAGAAUGGCGACGCCAUGCGCGCCCCGGCCGACGAGUCAGAUGCCGAGGAGGAGGCGCUGGUGAACGACUACCGCGAGCAGGUGCAGAACUACGAUGGCAUGGAAGACCUGGAUCGAAUACCUUCUUUCGCAGGCAGCCAGGAUAUACACGCCCAGCUGCAGGCGGCGGCGACACCUCUUGAGUACCAAGCAACCCUCGAGACCAAGUUCGCGAGCUACGACAACUACUGCAAUCUCUUCCACUUUAUCCUGAACUCAGAAGGGCCGGUGGAUCUAGAGGUCCCAAGUUCAUUCUGGGCCUGGGACGUCAUCGACGAGUUCAUUUAUCAGUUCAACAGCUUCUGCAGCUACCGCCAAAAGGUCGCACUCAAGGGCGAUAAUGCGGAGGAGAUACGGACUCUGCGAGAGAAUCCGAACACGUGGGGCUGCUACAGCGUCCUGAACGUCUUGUACUCCCUGAUCCAGAGGUCACAGAUUAGCGAGCAGCUAUCGGCCAUGAAGCGUGGAGAGGAUCCGAACCUAUAUACCGGAGAGUACGGCUCAAGGCCGCUAUAUAAGAUGCUAGGAUACUUCUCGGUCAUCGGACUGCUGCGGGUACACUGUCUGCUUGGAGAUUUCAGCCUGGCGCUCAAGACCCUGGACGACAUCGAACUCAACAAGAAGGCCAUGUUCGCUCGUGUAAUGGCCGCCCACUUCACCACCUACUACUACGUCGGCUUCGCGUACAUGAUGAUGCGACGUUAUGCCGACGCCAUCCGCAUGUUCAGCCACAUCUUGGUCUACGUCUCGAGGACGAAGAACUUCCAGAAGAACGCUCAGUAUGACUCGAUCACCAAGAAGAACGACCAGAUGUACGCUCUGAUCGCAAUCUGCGUUGCAUUCCACCCCACGAGGCUGGAUGACACUAUUCACACCGCCCUGCGCGAGAAGUACGGAGAGCAAUUCAACAGGCUACAGCGUGGCGGACCCGAUGCUCUCCCGCUGUUCGAAGAACUCUUCCGAUCCGCCUGCCCCAAGUUCAUCAGCCCCACGCCUCCCGAUUUCGACAACCCGGAGAUCAACGUCGACCCCGUCGAGCACCACCUCCGCAUCUUCAUGGACGAGGUCAAGAACACCAUGAUGUCGCCAACGGUGAAGAGCUACCUCAAGCUGUACACCACGAUGGAUCUAAAGAAGCUUGCUGGCUUCUUGGAGGUGGACCCGGAGAGGCUCAGGUGCUGGCUGCUCGUCAACAAGCAAAGGAACAGGCAGACGAGGUGGAGCGAGGGCGGAUUAUUGGAGGGAGACAUUGUCCACAGCAGCGAUCUUGAUUAUGCUAUGGAAGGUGAUCUUAUCCACGUUGCUGAGUCCAAGGUGGGUAGGAGAUUGGUAGACUGGUACCUCCGCAACUUGGCGAGGACGUAUUAGAAAGGCUAUAUGGGCUAUGGAUCCUAUCAUGAAUAGAGCAUUGCGGCUUGGAGUUGGCGGGGUUUCUCGGAAUGUGUUAAAAGCAUUUCUUGGAGGUUCUGGGGCGAGUAAUGCGGGAACAGGACAGCGACAUAUAGCGCAGGGUCGUCAUACUCGACCUAUGUUCGCUGAGGGAAGUAGCCGCCGUAGCUGUACCUCUUGAAAUCGACAAGUGGAGAAUUGCAGAAUCUCCGGUCCAAC